UGUUACUAGUAAUAACCUAGCAAAUUGCCCUGAAAUUUGCCCAAUUCAUAUUUCUCCCAAGCCAAUCACGCUGCAGCAGCCAUCAUCGACAUCGUAUUUUAACCAGAGGACCCGUCGACCGCCUGAGCAGCAGCACGUCGCACCAGCACCACCGCCGCAUCGCGCGCCUGUGAGCCGCCCCACCACUGGAUCUCGUGCUCGUGAGCCGCCGCACGCCGCAACUCUUCAUCUACCGCUCGUUUACAGCCCACCUCUGUAUCACGCGAUUGUGAGCCGCCGACUGCCCGCCGCACGCCCGCACCUCUGCAUCAACUGCUCGUUUGCCACCCACCUCGCUCCUCUGCAGUUCAGCAGUUCAACUCUUCUGACUCCAAGAUGGACCAAAUCAAGCCUCCUAAGAACCUCAUAUUGUCCCGAGAGAGUGUGGACGCGACUUUGGACGUCCUGCUGGCGGGGCGAUCCGUGGGAGAGGCUACUCAAAAAGUGGCAGAAACUAUCUCCUCCAGGUCGGCUAUUCGACCUCCUCCUCCUCCUCCGGUCUCUUCUCGGGCUUCUAAGCCCAGCUCUCGACGCAGCAGGUCGUCCCGGCCUUCCAGCCACGGGAGGUCGAGCUCGGCUCAUCAGUCUAUACAAGCCCCUCGGCCUCAAGGUACUUCUAACGAGGGGACGGAAGAGGGUCCCAGGAUUAUCUCUGAAGUGGCUGAGGGUGUUGGAUCGGUGAGGUCGGACCUUGUCCUUCCUACUGUGGGCUCUUCUGGGGUCUCCGCUGUUGUUGAAGAGGAGGUUCCCGGGGGGAGGCUCGAGGUCCCCAUUACAGAAGAGGGAGCUCCAGGGAAAAGAGAGGAGGUUAUUCUCGUGGACGAGGAUGUCUCGGAGGCCCCCACCAAUGACGCUCUUGCCCCUGAGGAGGUGGGAUCUGACCCUGCCAAGGACGAAGGUGUCACAGAGAAGGUAGGGGACAAACGUCCUGCCUCCCUUGAAAUGCCUGCCCCAACUCCAGCUCGGAAGAAGUCCAGGGCUUCCAAGGGAUCAGCUCCAGCUCUCCCUCCUAUUGGAGAGAAGAAAGAAGGUUCUAAAGCAUCAACUCCAGCUCUCCCUCCUCCUGAAAAGAAGAAAGAUGUCCCUGUGAUACCACUGCUGUCUGCUCCUGACAACGACAUUCUGAACGCGGAGGAUAUCACCCAUCAGUCUCCAGCGAGCGUGGUUGCUGAGAUUGUCAAGGAGCGGAUGUUUGGUGGUGUCAUGGAGGCUUCGGAUCCAUGCUUGCUUGCUCUCACUGGUCUCUUAGCUAGCUCUACUAGGGAGCAAGCAGCGUUCCGUUCUCGACCUCGUGGGGAGCUCGGAGACACAAUCAGGGAGAUGCUUCUGAUGGUAAGCUAA